AUGGAGCUGGGGGAAGGGGUUCUGUGUGACUACCCAACCCUAUUUAAGACCAAUCUGACAUUUUCAAGAUAGGUGUUGUGGACUGGCAUAGGCUGUAGUUUUAGAGCUAUUAAAAUUUUUUGGAAGAAAUUUCAUACUGAGUUGGUGAGAUGCUUAUUGCUGAUUACUAGGAAACUCCUGACACAAAGCAGAAAUUCAGUUCCCUACCCAUCUGCCACUAAACCAAGACCUUGGAUGUACUAUCCCUCAGUGCCAAAGACUGAAGCUACUUAAGAGUGGUUCUGCCCCAGCUGCUGCUAUCGACUCUCAGCAUGGGGAACAAACUGAGCAAGAAGAAGGGGUUCUGUGUGACUUGUGGGAAAGUGAUGGACCAGAAGUCUAAGGAGGGAGCUGCUGCGACUACGCAGCCACAUCCUAUUGCAAGGGCCUUUCGUGAUGCUUCAACUUGGACUGGUGAGAGCCAUUCUCCCAUAGAGAACACCCAAGAGACUCUACACAACACUAGGGAGGCCCGGCCUGCUGCAGAGACGGGGCAAGACACUGGUGAGGGCGAUCCUCUUCCACAGGUGAUGCUGGACAGAGAAUCUGCUGCACAGACAACAGAAGAGAACUUAGGAGCCCAGCCUUCUCUGUGGAGUGUGCAAGAGACUGAGGGCCAGAUGACGAGACAAGCCACACAGGCACUGCAAGACAUGGGUGACGUCCAUCCGGAUGCUAAGAUGCCACAAGAGACUGAAGCCAAGUCUAGUUCCCAGAUAACAUGGGCCAAAGAGCCCGAGGCACAAACGAUGCAUGAACAAGAAGCCCAAUCUGCAGGAGAGUGCACAGAAGACACUGCUGAGGUUCAACCUGCUGCCCAUCCCGCAUAUGGGACCUGGCCUGAGGCACAGGUCACACAAGAGAUUUGUAAAGCUCAGCCUACUACUGUGCAGACAAUGCAAGAGAUUCUAGAGGACCACGCUGAAACCAAGCCUGCUCCGCAGCAUGUGCAAGAGGCUGAGACUCAUAUGAUUGAACAGAACCAAGAGGCCCGACCUGCUGCAGUGGCUACCAGUGUGGUUGGGGCUCUUCCUGCUCUCCAGGCUUAUCGGGAGACUGAGGCCCAGCCUUUUAUAGGUAUUCCACAUGAUGGAGAUUGUGCUGCCCGCACUAAAACCACGCAAGAGAUUGCUGAUCCCCUACCUGCUGCAGAAGUGACUGAGGAGGCUGAGCCUGCUUUUCAGACUGUACAAGAGAUGAUUACUCAGAUCGUAGGAGAGAUACAGACUGCACAAAGCAAAAUUGAAGCCCAGCCUGCAGCAGAGACUGAGGGACAGUUGACUGCACCUGCCACUCAAGGUGCCACACAACAUAUUCCUGAAACCCAGCCUGCUCUGCAGAUGGUACAAGGAAUUGCAGCCCAUCACACUGGAAUGACAGACAUCAGGCUUUUGCUCAAUCAAUUUACUACACAGACCACAGAGGAGGCUGAUGCCUAUCUUCCUACACAGACUGUGCAAGAGACUCAACACUCCUCUGCUCAAGCUGAACCUGCUCUGAAGAUCUGUCAAGAGUCUGAGGCCCAGAUGACUGUACUGGUCACACGAGGCACAGGGGUGGCCCAGCCCAUUACAGAGAUCCCAGCAGAGAAUACUAGAGAAACUGUGGCAAAGUCUGAUGCAGCAGCAAUUGACCAAGAGACGAAGAUGCAGCAUCAAGGUAGAAAAGUCACUGCUCGGUGUCAUAGGCUGCAAGAAGCCACCACCCAAAGAACUGGUGAGUGCCCUGCUGUUGCACAUGACAUGGAAGAGAUGGGGGAGGCUGACUCUGUUUUGCAGACUGUGCAGGAAACUAAGAUGCAGCAUUUUACACACAUUGAACAUGAGAUCAAAACCCAGCCCACAGCAUGGGCCACAGACGAGAUGGAAGCUCAGCCAUCUCUGCAGUUAUCUCUUGAGGCCCAUGCUGCUUCCCAGGAAUCUGAGGCUCCACCUGCUGUAUGGACCCUGCAAGAGACCGCACAUCAAGACACUGGUGUCAUCUCUGCAGUACCCAGGGCCUUCCAAGAGGAUACAAUGGAGGCUGUGACUCUCCCUAGUGAAGAGACCCAGCCUACUUUACGGGCUGCACAGGAGACAGAAACCUUUUGUGUUGCAGAGACCCCAGAACUGAAGGCAAAGCAGACGAGUCACCCAGAUUCCCAGCCCCCUAGUGCCCUAGGUGGCAAUGAGGCAGGAGAGCAAGACUUGGCAAUUCCUGAGGAUGCUCAGCCAGCUGAAAGGGAGGCUACUGUAGUAGCAAAGCCAGAGUCGCAGCAGCUAAUGGAACAACUGGCUCCUGAACAACAAGAGGCGCUCAUGCUGGCUCCUGCCGCCACCAGUAGUGAGGCCUCUGAAGCUCCACAGCCUGGCAAUGAAAAUUCCCCACCUCUAGAAGCCCCAGUGCAUGAAGCAGUGAGAGCAGAAGACCAGGGUAGGCUGAGACUCCUGCAGCCCCUGCAACUCAAGGUAAAAUGGCCCAAGUUUUAGACUCCAGACCUAUCAAUUGUGAAGUAGCAUCUCCGUCAAGGGACAUGGCUGACUCUCCUCCUUUGGCUGUGGAGGACGCAGGUCCAGCAGAGGGACUCACUUUGUCUGAUGUUCCAGUAAGUGGAUCUAAUGCAAAUAUAGCAGAGCCAGAGUGAAAUGGACAGACUGGGCUUUGCCACUUAAAAAGAAGCAUAUUGCUCAGUUGACCAGAUUCCUGAUCUUCCAUUGCAUUUGUGCUCAUAUGGCUGUUCCAUGAAGUAGGGAUGUAAUGCAGAGAGCAUAUCUGCUGAGUUGGGGGAAUGCCUUCUACAAUUCUACACUGUUAACUAUGGGCUUGGCUGAAUGUGCAUCCUUCUGCAUCUGAAAUUGCUGCAAAUGUAUCUACAAUGUAAAACAAUAUCUACAUUUAUAACAUCUUUCUAGGGGGUUUUAGACUUGCUGGGAACUAUUUUAAUGCUAUUGAUUACUUUUCUACACAACUCACUGACCAUUAAGCCCUUCACAUCACUGGCUUAACCUGCAAUUUUAUUUCCUUCACUUUAUUAAGUAACCAGCCUCAUCUGACAGACCAAACUAGAUCAAGGAAAGUUCUGUAACUUCUUAAAAUUGCACAAAUGCAACAAUUGUCCUCACUCAACUGGAGUACAAUAAUAGUGAAUGAUAUUUGUGUGGGUAUUGGUAGG